ACCCUAUGCUAUGCCCGUUCGUUGGUUAAAGCCCAAGUAAUGAUAUGUUUGGUGGUGAUAAAUAUAUUAAUCAUAUGUUUCCUUCUUGCAUUAGUUCAGAAGAGUGGGAGGGAAGAGGGAACAUAUUCUUGCCGCAACAAACAAGUUAAUAAUCGUUGCGAAGCCGAGGGCGGGGUCGUGGGAAUGGUGCUCUUGGAGGGCCUCGUCCUGCUGGGGCUGCGUAUGCAAUGGAGGUGUCUUCUCCAUCUCCUGCAUCCAUCACUACAGCUGAUGUCCGCCGCCUGGUACAUGGGGCUUUGAAGGAGUCUCUUCCGUCCGCUCUCACAUCUGCUUUUGCUACGAGACACGAGGACGGGGAAGGAACUCGGGAGAGGGAGUAAAUGUGGCCGAACCUUCAUGCUUGAUCACUACUCUUGUUCGAAGGAAGCUGGUGAUCGUGUGCAUGGGAAGCAUGCGAAGAAUAGUCACAAUAAUAGUCAUAAUAAUGAUAGGAGUGGUUUUUUCCAUGGUUGUCACUUAAACAUAUUUGGAUUUUCGGUAACAUUGUCGGAUUGGGAUUUAUGGCAUUUUAGAUUGGGGCAUCCUAAUUUUGUGUUCAUUGUUUGCAAGCUAAAAUGUCAUAGAUUUCGUUCUCGCCUAGUACAACAGUUUAUUCCGAACCAUUUGAUAUCGUGCAUAUUGAUC